CAGCCGCCCUCCUCAGUGUACCACCGUGAUGGCAGCCACGGAUCAAUGAACACUGGACUGUGUCCAACAAAAAUGCCUAUUUUACGUGUGAAACUUGUUUAUUUGGCCGAGUGAAGGGAAAUUUGAUGGGCCAUGGGAAAGGAUCAAGAUCUCCUGGAGGCGGCACGGAACGGAAACAUUGCCGUCGUCGAAAAAAUACUAAGUCAGAGAGCCAAGAGGAGUGGCCCUUUAGCGAGCCUCCGCCGCGGCCCCGGUGCUAACGUCCAGGACAGCUGCGGAUACACCGCCCUCCACCAUGCCGCGCUCAACGGACACAAGGACGUGGUGGAGAUGCUGCUCACGCACGAGGCGUCCUGCAACGUGGUGGACGACAAGGGGUCCUCGCCGCUGCACCUGGCGGCCUGGACUGGCAACGAGGAGGUCGUCAGCCUGCUGCUCACCCACGGGCCGUCCGUGCCCAACGUCAACCUGCUCACUCGGUCCAAGGAGACGCCGCUGCACUGCGCGGCUCAGUACGGCCACAGCGCCGUGGUCUCGCUGCUGAUGGACAACGGCUGCGACCCCAGCAUCCGGAACGCCCGGGAGGAGAGCGCGCUGGACCUGGCGGCGCAGUACGGCCGCCUGGACACGGUGGAGCGGCUGGUGCGGACGCACCCGGGCCUGCUGCACCCGUACGGCAACCGGUCCUCGACGACCAUCUUCCAGAACACGCCGCUGCACCUGGCGAGCCGCAACGGGCACCGCGCCGUCGUCGACCUGCUGCUGGACGCGGGCGUCGACGUGAACGUGCGCACGGCCGCGGGCACGGCGCUGCACGAGGCGGCGCUGCACGGCAAGGUGGAGGUGGCGCGGGCGCUCCUGCAGGCCGGCGUCGACCUGCGCGUCCGGGACUCGAGCCGCAAGACGGUCACGGACCUGCUCCGCGACUUCCCGUCCAACGUGAGCCACGAGAUCGACGCGCUGAUCCGGCGGCACCGGGCGCGGUGCGGGGACGCCAGCGACGGCGACGACCCCGGCGGCCACCACAGCCCGCGCAGCCCGUACGACAACGCGUCCCCGCGCGGGGCCAGCUCCCCCAUCGGCAUCCUGGGCGGCCACCACGGCGGCUGCUCCCCGAGGGGCUGCUCCCCCAACAACUACCAGUCCUCCGGCAUGUCCAUCGCCAGCGAGUCUAGCUUUGGCCGCGACCUGGACGAGAUGAGCCUCUCGUCCGUGGCCUCGUCCACGUCCAACAGACGGGGCGAGAACAUCUACCUGCCGAUGGGCGGCCGGAGUCCGGGCUCCACCUGCAGGAUCUCGCCCACGCCGCCCAAGAAGCCACCCAGACGGAACCUCUCCGUGUCGCCGACACACCUCAGCACCGACUCGCCCUACGAGUUCCUGUGCCUCGCGAGAACGGGGGGCGCGGGGUCGCCGGGCAGCGUCAGCUCCACCAGGCCGACGGGGGUCUCGAGCCUACGCCGGGGCAAGAGCGCCGACCAGUACGUCGAGAUGAAGCUGCGCCACAUCGACAUCGACGACGGCGGCGACUUCAGCUCGGCGCCGGGGACGCCGUCGACGGGCGCGCCCGAGCAGGCGUCGCCCUACGAGGAGGUGACGAUCCGCACCAUCAACCCGCGGCGGAAGCUCCGCCGCGUCCACGACUCUCCCCGCGGCCCCGGCGGCGCCCGCUCCUACGAGAACUGCGAGCCCACGUCCAUCCCGGUGCUGGUCACGGUGCGCCGCGACUCGCUCGACGUGUCGCCCAUCGCGGCCGCCAUGGCGCUCCCGGCGCCCGCCAUCUCCAGGAUGCCGCUGCGGGAGCUGCCGCUCAGCCCCACGCACUACCAGCAGCCGCCCACACCCGACCACCCGCCGCCCUCCGCGCAGGCCGCCGAGCGCAGCAUCCACGAGCGCAUCCGCCCGCUCAGCCAGGAGUACCACAAGCGCAGCUCCAGGGACAUGGAGACCGAGACGGACGACGACCUGCUCGUGUGCUCCGUGUGGAACACGGCCGGCAGCCUGUCGGGCUCCAUCUGCUCCAGCAUCUCCAUGCACUCGGACAACAUGGUGGAGGAGUACAUCGGGGACGCGCCCUUUGCUGGCCUCCUGAAGGGCUCCACGGCCCAGCAGCGCGCUUCGCACCACAACAACGGCCUCCACCACCUCCAGCAGCAGCAGCAGCAGCAGCCCGCCGAGCGGCCCAAGACCCUCCGGCGGCUGAAGCACGUGUACGACGUGCCGCUGGUGAGGCCGGAGCAGCGCAGCGGGCCGCUGCCGGGCAGCCGCGGCGAGGGCAAGGAGGUGCGGGAGGCGCGCGAGCUGCGGGAGCUGCAGGAGACGCGGCAGCGGCUGCUCGCCACCAACACCACCACCGCCACCAACGGCACCGGGCACAACCUGGCCGCCGACAAGCCCAGCGCCGCCACCGACAACAAGCCCACCACCCCCGGCGACAAGCCCCUCAGCCCCUUCGACGAGCAGGAGGAGUGGAACAAGAUCUCGGAGAUUAUGGCUUCCUUCGGCAGCGGCCUCGGCGUCCGCGAUCCCAUGUUUAACGAGCUGGAGAAGGAGUUCCAGGAGCGCCUAGGAGUGUCGCGCUCUCCAAGCUGCCCGGACCCACUGUCGUCCCCGCUGGUGUGCUCAGAACCCGGUGACGAUGGGCCCACCCCUGUGGACGAGUGGCUAAGCAAGAUACGGCUCGAGCAGUACGGCUCCACCUUCCGGAAGCACAUGUACGCCACCAUGUCGCGGGUGCGCCGCAUCUGGGAGGUGGAGCUGACGGCGCUGCUGGAGAUCAGCAAGGUCGGCCACCGGCGGCGCAUGCUGGCGUCCGUGUCUGGCGGGCGGCGGCAGCUACGCAGUGGCUCGCUCAACCCGGACGGCGGCCCGCCGCGCUCCGGCUCGUCGCUCUCCCUGGCCUCGGCGCCGACGACCCCGGGGGCGCCGCCGCCGGCCGCGACCACGCCGACGGGCGGCCCCGCCACCGCCACCCUGGCGCCCAACCCGACGGGCACGCUGCGCCACAGCAAGAAGACCAGGCCGGCCCCGCAGCCGCCCGGGGCGCCGGCGCAGGCCAGCGACCUCAGCAUCCGGGACCCCAGCGAGCUGCUCGAGGGCGUGCCCGGCGCGCUCACCACCACCUGGAGGCACCGGCCGCACGACCUGGUCAGCGGCAGCGUGUCCUACCUGGCCAAUUACUUGGGCUCCACGGUGGUGAAGGAGCUGCGCGGGACAGAGUCCACCAAGAAGUCGAUCCAGAAGCUCAAGGCGGCCGAGAGCAGCAAGGAGACGCCCGAGAUCAUGCUGUCCAUCUCGUACCGGGGCGUGCGGUUCCUCGAGCCCGCCAGCCAGCAGAUGGUGUGCGAGCACGAGGUGCGGAACAUCCACUGCGCCUGCCAGGACUCGGACGACCUCACGCACUUCGCCUACAUCACCAAGGACCACCUCAGCAACUCGCACUUCUGUCACGUGUUUUACGUCGCGUCCAUGGACCAGGCCACCGAGGUCAUCAUGACGCUGGGCCAGGCCUUCGAGGUGGCCUACCAGAUGGCGCUCAAGGAGCAGCAGCCCGACAAGCUGCACGCUCGCUCCAUGUCCAUCUCGGGGCCGCCGACGACGGCCGCUCCCGAGGCCGGCGGGUCACCGACGACCAACAAGGCGGCCGCGACGAACGGCGUGAGCAAUGGUUCGACGCACGUGCGCUCCAAGUCGUGCGGGGAGCACCCCGUCGGGAGCACGCCCAAGCUGGUCCUCACGGAGGACGUGUAGGGGACCGUGUAAAGAGUAGGGUUUACAUUCUAGUUCAGCUGGUAGUUACCUUCUACCUAGUAAGUAGGUAGGACGUGCUAAGUACCCGUUGUAUCGGUCCCGUUCAGCCGUUUGAGUUAAAAGCCAGACUCGGACAGUGAGCUGGACUUAACUGUCUAGUCAUCGAGGGCCCAGUUAGCUGUGAUGUUGAUGCCGCGACGGUGGGCGCCGAGCGGCCUUCUUUCUCUGUGCAUGUGAUGUUUAAUUUGGAUCCUUGUUUAUUUUUACGCUAUAUAAAUUUAUUGAAGGAGGUUUGGUUAGUGUAUUAGCUCAAUAUGUAAUGCUACAUACAUAUAUAUAAUAUGACGCGAUAUUAUUAUUGUUUUAGUCUCUCCAGCUGUUUGCCAAAUUUGACAACUUUUUCCCCCUAUGUUAAGCGGUAUACAUUUUAAAACUUUGUUGUGAAGCGCAUGUGAUUUUGUGAGUUGUUACCAUUAUUUAAGCAUAUCGUAUAAUGUUAUACGCAAGUUGUUGUAGCUGUUUUCUUUGACAUCUUGUAUUGAAACUCUAGCAUGGCGGCCGGUUGUCGACAACUUUGUCGAUUAUCUCAAAGUCGAAAAGAACUUUAUUUCGCGUUGUCGAGUCACUCUUCUUCACUCAUUUGCAUGUUCACUUCUCGUUCCUCUAGUCACGGAAGUAAGUCACGGCAGUCACAAACCACGGGGGGCAUAUGACCGACCGCCAUGCUGGGGCCUCGUGAGCGUUUUGCUGUCUCGACGGCAGCCCAAAGGUUGUGCUUAGUCCGACAUCGAUCUGCUUUUCUGGAAGUAGCCUUCUAACCGUUCCACUCUACAAGCUAGAGGCCCAUGCCGCCCGUCUAAGCGCCUUGUUCUGCUCUCCAUUCUGAAUGGGGUGAUAUUGUUCCGCGUACCCUUCGUGUUUGAGCGUUGAAUAGUUUUUAUGCUCUUUUGCCUCUAUUCGUUGCUUUUUAUUUAUUUGAAAAGACGUUAUAUUGUGCGCUAUGAAAAUUUAUAGAAUGUGGUUUAAAAAUCUCUUAGAUCAUGUAGAGGUUUAGAGUCUUCGGAUGCUGGAUAACAUCCCAAUUUUAUUAUUUGCUAUAUUCUAGGCUGUUGAACGGCAACUAUACUUCAUUUUUACUGUUAGUGGGGUUUUCCCGUUAGUUAAACUGCUUUUUUCCAUAGUCAGUGCCUCAGUAGUCAAAAUCGAAAACCGACAGAAUUAUUUGUUUGUUGUUGCUUUAGAGUCCCCAAGUAACCACAGUUUUGCGGCGAAAUUCUCAGUGAUAGCUUAAAUCAAAACUCUUAUAUUUGCAUAGCAAUUUUGUAUCUUUUGGAUCUAUAUAACGUUGUAACCGAGAGAUGAAAGGAUGCAGCACGUUAUUGAUCACGUAGCAACAGUAAGUUCAAUUCGAGCAAGGCCUAAAAGAUUCUUUUAUAAUUUUAAUAAUGACAAGCCAACAUUGACAGGUAACAGAGAAGCACGUAUGAAAACUAGUUUUCUUUUAUAGUUUUGUUAAGUGUACUUGGCUUCGCAGAAAUUAUAAUUUCUCAAACAAAAUUUAAAAUAUUUCUUUCACAGAAAACAGGGUAGUAUACUUUUUCGAUAUCGGUGUUCAACUUAUUACUUGCAUUUAAUGCCCAGCAUGAAGCUGAAUUUUUAACUGCUCAGAUCGUGUUACAUUUUACUGCAUUAUUUUGUCCAAUCAGAAUAUUCCACGCCUUUCGAAAAGCUGUGCUCAAAGGGUCAUUGUCCAAAAUGAUGUACCUGAAAACUUGUCCAAUUUUAUUUUAUUGCCGACUACUAAGUUUUCCCAUUUAGAGUGAUUUUUGGGAAAUCGUUUUGCUCUAUCAGAUAAAUGGUAUAUUGAAUGAUUGUUUACUGUUGCAUGUUUUUGUGACAUUCUCCGAUUAUAGAUUUGUGAUACUUGUGCUUUUCACUCGAGAAAAAAUAGCAUUCUCAGCGUUUAGGUUGCAGUUUAGAAAAUCCGCCUUUUUUUUCCAAAGACAAUCUAUUUCAUCCGCUUUGACGUAAUUUAAUAAUGUACCAAUCGUGAUUGUAACAGUACAAAGUACUGAACGAAAAUGUCAUCACUCCAUGUUUGAUGCUAAUUUGCGUGUAAGGUGUGGAAAGGGAAAAUUUCUCAGAGAAGGGACCGUCCGUUGUGAUUUUUUCGCGAAGAUUUUGUCAAAGGACCGUAGAAUUUCAGUGAUUGUGCAGGAGUAUAAAAAUGUGUGUGAGAAUUAUCUUUAUCUGAUGUAAUACUCGAGACUUUAACCCUACAUAUUGCUCCAUGGAAUCGACUUUCGUGCUAGUAAUACAAAGCAUGUGCUACUUUCCUUUAGAUAUCAUUGUGAGUAAAGUCUUACACCGCGUGCCAUUUCUUGAUGUUAAGGCGGAAUUUACUGCUCAAUACUCGAAACAAUCCUAUUAUUAUGACUGCCUAGAGUUUUAGACUUGUGUUUUGCAUUUUUACCCAUCACUGGUUGAAUACAAACUGAUAAAUCUUUUUAUCUUAUCCUGACAUUAAGAAGUCUGAAUAUGUGUAAGCAUUUGUUGCGACGUACUUUUUUGAGUCUUGAAAUGUGCGCACAACCAUCUUGUCAUAUUGUUUAAAUUCUCUACAUUUGACUCAAAACUAAAAAAAUAACAUGUGAGGUGGGCCAAAUUAAUCCCACGUGUACAGUGUGUGCAUUCAUAGUCUGAAUCGAGCGGUGCAAGCGCGAGCAUACCAAAGAUUAGUUAUUGUAGGAUAUCUCUUACCUUGGCCGUUAAUCGAGGUAUGAUUUUCUCAUAUCCGUACAAUGUUUUAUCUCUUUUCUGACGCUCUUAGUGCUGCAAAUACUCUGACCAAUUUCUGUGCUUCUGGUGUAAUUGUUUCCUAUGCAUUUAAACAACUUUAUGACCUUACUACCUGUUCCUAUAACCUAUGUCGUGGUGUGGAUGCUCAAUCCCAAUCUUGAGGCAAGCGACUUCGCUAAGUUUGUGCUCACUUCUUCGGAGACGGAAGCUUCGAAGGCUUUGUAAAAUUUGGUUUGUGUGAUCGACUGUAUUCGCCUUAUUUCUACUUCUUAACUCUCAUUUACCUUACCAAUCUUACGAACCAAUCUUCUAAUGUAGCUAGAAUUUUAUUGACUUCAUAGGUGUGCUCAGAAGAAACGGUUUGUCCUUGGGUCAGUUGGGAAUUUUAAUUCCUCUCGUGUACUGUUAGAGAGUACUACUGAGUUUGAUCUCGCUGUAAAAUGUUUUUAAAAAUCUUUAAAACUCGUUAUGAUUUAGUUAGUGACAAUGGUUCUCUUAGUUUCCACACUAUCGCUUCAUCUCUUUCUGUGUUUGAGGAUAUAUAGAUAGGAUAAUCAAAAGACGUUUCAGAGACUCUUUACGAGACUUGAUUGAUAUGAGGUCUCAAAGCUUAUCUAUUCAUUUCAUUUAAGUUCCAUGCGUACUGCCGUACAAUACUGCCUGUUUCUUCGGAUUUCUUGAACUGAUACUAGCUAUCUUCAGUGAAAAUGUACAUAUAUUUAUUAACGUAUUGUUUGUAUUAUUAUUAUUAUUAUUAUUAUUAUUAUGCUAAAACUGCUGACUCUCCAAGAGGCUAAAUAUAACGUUGCAUGCAACGUGUUAGUUAAUCAUCAACUCAAAUGAUAUUCAUAGACAAGAAUAAAUACUUGUAUUAAGGUGCUGUGCUGACCUAAUCACCACAAUUGUAACAUCAGUCAUUUUGACAUAAACCUUUCCCCCCCUGAA